AGGGAUAAACCAAGGGAGAGUGAGAGAGAGAGAGACUAUAGGAACGCAGCGGCUCGUAUGUGUGUGUGAGUGAGUGUGUGUGUCGGUACGCUCGCGCUCGGUGGUAGAAACGACUGGCGGGGCGGAUAUGGAGGGGCUCGGGAAAAACGCUGGGAACUGACCGAGCACCGAGACGAAGAGAGGGAGAGAAGGAGAGAGAGAAAGGAGAGAGAGAGGAAGGACGGACGGACAGCACGGAAGGAAGGAAGGAAGGAAAGGAGGAGAGAAGAGUGACAGAGGAGAGGAAGACUGUGAAGAAAGGGCUCGUCUGGAAAACAGAAGGAUCCUAAGGAGUGAGCCCUGGGCUGGAUGGGACCCACCAUGCCCCCCAGUAAGAAGGCCCAGAGCCCCAGUAGUGGAGCCAGUGCCUCGCAGGGUAUGAGCCCACCGUACAGACAGGGAGACGCCGCCACAGCAGCAUCGGAGGCCGAGGCCGCUGACCUCUCCCUGUCUCUUUCCGCCUCCUUCUCCAAGGCUGAGGAUGAAGAGCUCACCAGUCUCUCAUGGCUCCACGAGAGCACCGACCUCCUCAACAGCUUCAGCCACUCCGGGCUUCGUAGCGUCUCCCCCUUGCAGGACCCCGACGGUCAGCACCCUCGCUCGCCCUCUUCCUCGUCUCCCUCUCCGGACGACCCCCUUCUCGGGGAUGCACACUCAGCGUACGACUUGGCCGGAGGGGCCAAUAGAAAACCGCCGUACUCCUUCAGCUGCCUAAUCUUCAUGGCUAUUGAGGAUGCACCGAACAAGCGACUGCCAGUGAAGGAUAUCUACGGCUGGAUUCUGGAGCACUUCCCUUAUUUUGCAAGCGCCCCGACAGGCUGGAAGAACUCAGUACGCCACAAUCUGUCGCUCAACAAGUGCUUCAAGAAGGUGGAUAAAGACCGGAGCCAGAGCAUAGGUAAAGGCUCUCUGUGGUCCAUCGAUCCGGAGUAUCGGCACAACCUGAUCCAGGCGCUGAAGAAGACGCCGUAUCACCCCUACUCGCCCGGGCUGGCCACGCCCUCCACCUCCCCACCCACCCUGCCUCAGACAUUUCACCACAGUCCUCCAUUGUGGUCGGGGAGUCCCCUCUUCAGGAAGAAUGGAGGAGUUCUCCUACAAGUUCCUCGGGGUGUGAUCCAGAAUGGCGCCCGGGUCAGGAGCCAGGCUCUCUUCCCUGUGAUCAGACCCCUUCCUGUCAGCCCUGUGGGGAGCAGAACCUCGGCCAUAAGAUCAUCCCUGGGAGAUUUUCUAAGCCGAGGACAGGACAGUCCAUCUCGCUACUCUCCCCCACCCUGCGGCGACGACCUCCAAGACGACCACACUUACAGCACGGCCAAAUCCCCCAGCAGGUUGUGCUCCUCCCAGGCCGACGAUGCUUCCUCCCCGCUUGAAGACGACGACAUCAUCGCCGUGGAGAUCCAAUCAGACGUCAAACCCGAGCCCAGGGAGAUCCCGCUGGAUUCUCACGUCACUACUGCCGCUGCUACCUACAUUUCCCAGCAGGCCCUGCGCGGACAGAGACGUAGUUCAGGGGCGGGAUCUGGGACUCUGGCAGGAAGCAGUCUGCCCUGGACCAAAAACCGAGCUAGGGGAAUUAGCGACACACUGCCGCUGAAGAAGCGGCGUGCUGCGGCGGUGGAGAAGCCGCCGGAGAGCGACGACGAGGAGAUGAAGGAGGCGGCGGGGUCGCUGCUUCACCUGGCAGGGGUCAGAGCCUGCCUCAACAACAUCACAAAUCGCACCGCCAAGGGCCAGAAGGAGCAGAAAGAGGCCCUGAGAAACUAAGACACAUGUAGAACAAGUACAUAGUCAUGCAAACACAAACAGCUCAAAGCACGCAUACACACCAACACAAACACUCAGAUAUACAACACACAAAUAGGUCAACAGGUAUCGUUACUACAGCAUUAGUCUCUACAGACACGUCUCAUCUCCCUCUAUCUAUCUGCAGGGCAUUAGGUGAAUCCUACUUAUUUGUGGCAAUAUCAAAAAUCUAUGUUUUCCUACAUGUUCAGCAACACUAACAUCAAUGGGUAUUUCUCAUGUGUCUUUGUUGUUUUUGUUGUUUAAAAGGGGAUGAAAGCCAUAAAAAAACGCAUGUUUUGUCACUAAUUUGGACGAGUUGAACCACGACAAAACGGAAUCACAUUGAGGAGCGUACAGUACCUGAACACAGAGGAUGGCUGUUUGUCUUACCUGUUUGUUUCUAUGUGAAUCUGUAGCAAUCUCGCGGUGAUGCCAGCAACCACGGCGGGAGGCGACAAGAGAGAGAGGGGGGCACUAUUUAACGAGACUUAGGGCUCUCUCUUGGGCCGCUCGCUGGCAUCACUCGCCUACAUCAACGAGCACAAAUGUGAGAGUGUGCCAAAGACAAGCGACCAGGUUGCUUCAUGUAGCCGAUACGACAGCUGACAAAAAAUUUUAAAAAAAGAAGGCAUAGAAGUAAAGGAGAGAAUGACCUUUAGUGUCAAAAUAAUUGUAAAACCCAAUGUGAUAUAUAUUCAUGCACUUAAGAUUAUUUAACGCCACUUAUAAUAGAAGCAUCAUGGGUAAAGACAUGGUUUUAUUUCAAGAGCACUCAUAGUAUUUAAGAAUAGAUAUUUUAAAAUAAAAAAAUGGUCAUGUUUAUCACCAUAGAGAUGGAUAGUGUGCCGGGUCUGAGGCAAUAUCUCCUUCAUUUUGUUGUUGUUGUUGCAUAAUGUAAACGUCCCUACAAAAACCUCCCCAGUACUUCUGUCAAUAGACGUAGACACCUGGUAUAGAUAUCGUAGCUACCAGCAGCUACCACACCUUCCGUUUCAUUUGACGACGUCAAAGAACUAUAUACAUGAACUGUGGGUUUAGAUUUCUGUUUGUGUCUGUUUACCCUCACUCUACCCUCAUAAAGAUAUAAGCAAUUUGUCCCACGUGGACAACUCUGUAAAAAGGUUAGAAAAUAUUUUAUUUUUUUCCUUUCUUAAUUGAAGCAAUUUGACCUGCAGGACUUUCUCAGUUAUAUUGCAUGGGUGCUUGUAAAUAAGAUAAAAAGCAAAUCUUUUUUAUUCAAAGAUCAUGUAAGAUAAACAAUGUAUUUAGCAUGAAGCAUGACUUAUUUUCAUAUAAACCUUGAUCCUAGAGGAAAGAAAAAAGUUUUGCCGCCAAUUCUUAUACCCGUGAUUAUAUCGGAUUUGUUUUUUUGUUCGUUUGUAUGUUUCUUUGAAUCCUUUUUUUUCUGAGCGGGCUUUCAAAGACACGUCUUCAGGGAGGAAUGUGGGAGAUCACUCUGCAAAUAGAGGCCCUAGGGUGCCACCUCUGGGCUUUGGGUUCAGGCUACGUAAGGCCAGCUGAUUCACCUCUUAGGGGUGGGCUUCCGUCUUCUUCUGCCUGUACAGUGAUUUUUUUUUUUUUUUUAGGUGUUCAGUGUUAAUCCCUGGUGUUAUUUCCGAACACAUGUGUAGAGUGUGUGAGUUUGUGUGCCCAGGAACACACACCCUUUAACAUUGUGCCUGCCUGCCUGCCUGCCUGCCCUCAGUACCUCUGUGGUCAUGUCUCUGACAUGCUUACCUGUCUUUAUUUAUAACAGUAUUCUUCAGUUCUCUCCUGUGUGUAAAUGUACAUGUGUCCUUAUUUUCCAUCAGCAUCGUUUUGUGUAUUUGUGCGGAUCAGACGGGCAUGGGAAACUUUGGAAGAACCUCAUAUCUCGAAAAAAAAGGCUACUUGGGAGUUGUAUUGCAAAGAAAUAGGAAUGUAGAAGGUGGUUAUAAUGAGGAAAAAAGGUUGCUUUUGAUUUACAUACAGUAUUGUUUACCCUUUGAAUAAAGAAAUUAUCUGCCAAUAUAGAUGUCAUAUUUAUCAAGAGCCCACUCUGGAGAUCAGAGACUGUUUUUUAUAUAUUUGCCACUCUACAAGGUAUAUGAGAAUCUCACUUAGGUUCAUGCAAACACUGACUUGAUUGAAAUUCACAAAGCUUUGAGGUCAGUGUAGUUUACAGUCAACACACUUUUAAUUUGAAAUGUGAAAUACAAAAUCAAUAAACAAGCUGUUAACCAAUUACCGUUUAAAAAUAGCAAAAUCGUCCCCUUUCUCUUUCAUGCAGGUCAUCAUCAAACUAAGAAUGAAAAAAUGAGAAAUAGACUGUUUCUGUGUUUUCUGUUUCUUGUUUUUUCAUUUCUUGUUUUUCAGUUUCCUGUUUUUCAUUUUCAUUUUUUUCAUUUUUU